UGUUGCGUGUUUCAGUGGGAAUGUGUUCGGAUGGGCAUCGGCUUGGUUUUUGCCAUUCUUGUAAAUAAAGAAUAUUUAAUUGACGGUGUCUUUUAACAUUCUCGCAUUAUUUCUUUAUUCAGCCGGGAUUGAUCGUGCAUCUGCUAACAGCUUUCUGCAGUUGAGCAAACAGUGGGUCAGGACUACAGAGGUUAACCAUGAAUGUAAACCAAGGCACAGUCGGGAGUGACCCAGUGAUCCUGGCCACCGCUGGAUAUGACCACACAGUGCGGUUCUGGCAGGCACACAGUGGGAUCUGCACCAGAACAGUACAGCACCAGGACUCUCAGGUGAAUUCACUAGAAGUAACACCUGAUAGGAGCAUGAUUGCAGCAGCUGGUUAUCAGCACAUACGCAUGUAUGACCUCAACUCAAACAAUCCAAAUCCCGUAAUCAAUUACGAUGGCGUUAGCAAAAACAUCACAUCAGUUGGCUUCCAUGAGGAUGGCAGAUGGAUGUACACUGGAGGAGAAGACUGCAUGGCACGCAUCUGGGAUCUAAGGUCAAGAAAUUUACAGUGUCAAAGGAUCUUCCAGGUCAACGCACCCAUUAACUGUGUGUGCCUUCAUCCAAACCAAGCUGAAUUGUUUGUUGGAGAUCAAAGUGGUGUGAUCCACGUCUGGGAUCUUAAAACAGACCAUAACGAACAGCUCAUCCCAGAGCCAGAGGUGUCUGUCAACUCUGUGCACAUUGACCCCGAUGCUAGCUACAUGGCUGCUGUCAAUAGCUCUGGCAACUGUUACGUGUGGAAUUUGGCUGGAGGAAUUGGUGAUGAGGUGACGCAGCUUAUUCCCAAAACCAAAAUCCCUGCUCACAAACGCUACUCUUUGCGCUGUAAAUUUAGUCCUGAUUCCACAUUGCUGGCUACCUGCUCAGCAGACCAGACAUGUAAGAUCUGGAGGACUUCAAACUUCUCACUGAUGACAGAGCUGAGCAUUAAGAGCAACAACCCUGGAGAGACCUCUCGUGGCUGGAUGUGGGAUUGUGCCUUCUCUGGAGACUCACAGUACAUUGUCACAGCCUCUUCAGAUAAUUUGGCACGUCUGUGGUGUGUAGAGACAGGGGAAAUCAAGCGUGAGUACAGUGGGCAUCAGAAGGCUGUGGUGUGUCUGGCCUUCAAUGACAGUGUGCUUGGUUAAAUCAAACAGUCUGCCAUCAUCUCCCAUUCUGAUGAAGUAGGCAGCAGGACUGUUUACUGUCACAAGUUUUACAGCCUGGAGUACUACAUCAGGACAACAUAAGGUUAAACUAUAAGUGACAGAAAUGGUAAAUAUUAUUUUGCUUGUUAUUGAAAUUGUAAUGUAUUAUUGUUUGUGUAUAACUACACUGUUUAUGAAAAAAAAGAACAUUAAUCAGUCCGCUGUGAAGGGAACAUCAAAGAACAUGCAAGACUGCAGCUUGGGAUGUCCGAUUUUGAUUGAGCAGGCAUCCUGCUAAAUAGAGUGUAUUAAUGAACACCUUUAGAAAUACAAAGCAGUAUCAGGAUACACAGGGAAGUACUUAAUUGUGCAACCAUAGUACCACCUCUAAGGAAAGUCUGGUAUAGAAACUGAAUAAUAAUAAUCACAAUGUUAAAUAGGAUUUAUGUAUGAUUGGUCUUAUUUCUAAAAGGUAUAUGCUAUUUAAAUAUCCAGGUGGUAAAAAAAAUUAUAAAACACAGGAAGAAAAUAGUGUUAAAAAUAGCAAUACAAGGAUUUUGAGUGUAUGAGGAACAUAUAACUCCAUCUCAAAAUAUGCAUUUGUGAUAUGCGUACCUUUGCUGCUGAACUAAUAUCCUCUUCAGAUAUUUUUGUCCUAUAAGUGGAUGAGUUAUUAAACAGCAUUCCACAAGGUUUGAAACUGCUCUCAUGACCUAAAGGUAUCCAAUCAUUUAAAUACUGGUUCACCACAUGUUGCCUGGGGUUUGGUAUUUUCUUUUCCUUACACAUCUUUCUUGCUUCCUCAUCUGUAUAUAACCACAAGUUUGUAAAUACAAUCUAUGUCAGUAAAACACUGAUUUAACAGA